UCGUUAUGUCAGUAUAUAUUGACAAUCUUUAUUUUUCCUGUGUGUAUAUCGCUAUAUUCCUAGCUAACGUCAGAAAUACCACGGACAAUACCGCACUUAUUAUAAACCUUCAAAAAGCUUUAAGAAAUUUACGUUACGUAAAUAUUCACUUAAAAACGUUAACUAUUUGGAACAUUAUUUCAAUGCUUACAAUUGUGUUGUAUUUUUUUAUUACUUUCUUUACUACGUGUGAUAAAUAUACUAUGUCAUCGAUAUUAAACCUUUUUCCCCUGAUGUAUUUCGAUAUUCACAUAAUAUACACAUAUCGUAUGAUGUGGAUUAUUAAAGAAGAAUUAAAAAUGUGGUUAAAUGAAAUGCAACAAUAUCGGGAAACAUGCCUUAAAUCGGCGGAGUAUAAGAACAUGCCAAGCGGAAAUAGAAAAUUUGAAACAUUCCAAUAUAUUUUCAAUGCUUUUGACAUAUACAGAAAAGUCUGUAAAGUCCCGGUAAAUGACUUUCGGCGAUUGUGCAAGAAUGUGGCGCGACUGAAACGGGCGCGUUUUGAGCGCGUGCGAGUCUGUGGCAUACCACUGCAGUUCAGGCUGGUGUUGCAGACCAUUGGAGUGAUCACCGGGUACACCGCCGUUAUAUUGCAGUUUAACAUCGGCUAA